AUGUUCCCGUUGCUUCCUACCAUGACUGUACUCGUUCCACUCUUGUCGUUAGCUGGUCUGUUUUAUUCGGCCAGCGUGGAUGAAGACUUUCCUCAGGGAUGCACUAGUGCAACCAGCCUCUGUUUCUACAGCCUGUUGCUUCCCAUUACGAUCCCCGUUUAUGUGUUUUUCCACCUCUGGACCUGGAUGGGCCUGACACUCUUCCGCCACAACUAGGACGCAGAAGGUGUGUUAACAGAGAAUACGCUAGUGAUCCUUAACAUUUUGUCUCUGAAAGUGAGAGUGCAAAUGAUGGACCCCACAGUGGAUUAACUACAUUUCCAUUGAAGAUGCAUCCAGAAUCAGGAGAGCUACAUGCCCUUUAGUGGAAUGUCUGCACAAGGAGCUCCCCUGUUCAGGACAUGUAGCAUCAAAUCCCAUUAAGUGGAGAAGAAACUAGGGGGUUGCACAAGAAAGUUCCAUGAUGUACCAAAGCCUGUGGACGAGACUGCCUUCACCAGCUUCACUUUCUCUCUUUGUAUGCAUGGUGGCUAGGGCUGAGAUACUACAAGCCUAAAGAGCAGGACAGGUAAAUACAAACAGACAACCUGCCAAGUUCUUUGAAAGACCUCUGUGCAAAGGUACCCUAUGGAAUAGUUUUUUUGUUGUUACAGAUUCUGGAUUAACAUACAAUGAAUGAUGCUUCACAAGCAACAGACAGAGGAGUCUUUUGUGCAGGAAUUUUGUAAAGUGUGAAGUUGUUCCUUUGUGCACUAGAAGUUGGGUUCUCAGGUUAUAGAUAAUUUGAAAUCAGACAUGGUGGUCAGGUGGUAUAUUUUCUUGCAUUUAGCUACAGAGUUGUCUUGUACACGUACCCUGGCUGUUUGAACUGAUGUAUGCAGAAAGGUUGUAAUUCACCUGCAGGGCUACGAAAAUGAUCAGCACAAAAUAAAAACAAACAGGAAAGUCUAA